GUGUCCUGCCUGCAGACCUCCAUCUGCGACGUGGAGCAGCGCGGCGACUGCGCGCUGAAGGACGCGCGGGAGAAGCACGUGGAGCUGCAGAGCGCCCUGCAGAAGGCCAAGGACGAGCUGGCCUGCAUGCUCAGGGACUACCAGGAGCUGCUCAACGUCAAGCUGGCCCUGGACAUCGAGAUCGCCACCUACAAGACCCUCCUGGAGGGCGAGGAGAGCAGGAUCUGCGUGGGGAACCCCGUGAGCGUGUCCGUGGUGAGCAGCGGCUUCGCCAUGCCGGAUGACUGCGGGGUGUUCGCGACCGGCUACGGCUCCCUGGGCCGGCGCUCGGGCAGGCACAGCUCACCGGCAGGAGGAGGAGGAGGAGGAGGAGGAGGAGGAAGAGGAGGAGGCGGAGGAUUCAGCUCCCGCAGCGCCGGCAUCCACCCCAAGCGGGUGAUGAGCGCGGGGCCCAAGCCGUGCGUGGUGGCCCCGGAGUUGUUCUGCCAGCCCGGGGGGGUUCCCUGCAAGGCCGGGGGGUUCAGCUCCCGCAGCGGGGGUUACCCCGCCCGCCCGGCGGGUCUCAGCGCCAGGGUGGGGGCCGUGCAGGCCGGGGGGGUGCUCAGCUUCGGCAACCAGGGCUGCGUCAUCAGGCAGCUGGCCGGCCCGCCCGUGGUCGUGUCCAGCAGCCCCGAGGUCGUGGGGUGCAACCCCGGCGUG